GCAAAAAGCAGCGCCAAGUCAAGCCUAAAACAGAAAAAGAAGACCCCAAACAGGUUUUCGCAGAAAAUCGUCGGUCCUACUAUCAUUCCUAUAAAAAACCGCAAGACAUAUCCUUAUUUCACAACCGGUGCAACCCAAACACCACAUCAAAUAACAUAUACAGCAUCUCAAAACAUCCCAAAACAUGUCCAGCCCCAUACCCCUUCCACAAACCUUCCACCACACCACUCAAACCCACACGUACACCAUCCGCUGGACCUCUCUGGGCGACCCCACCUCCCCACCCCUAAUCUUCCUCCACGGCACUCCCUGGUCCUCCCACGUCUGGAAACCCUACGCCCUCUCCCUCGCCACCUACCUCCACGUCUACCUCUUCGACAACCCCGGCUUCGGCACCAGCCCACUCGGUCAACCCCUCCCCUCCAAAAAAGACACUAUAACCCCCAAAGAAGCCCUAGAUGCCGACCUUGCGCAGCAAUCCGCUGUCUUCGCCGCACUAUACAACCUCUGGGCGCAGGAAUGGAACCAAUAUAAUAAAGCCCAUAUAGUCGCGCACGAUAAUGGCGGCUUGAUGAGCCUGCGGGCGCAUUUAUUGCAUGGGUGUCAGUAUGCGAGCUUGUGUCUUAUUGAUGUUGUUGCUUGUGGACCAUUUGGGAAGCCUUUGUUUAAACUGGUUGCGGAGAAUGAGGGGGUGUUCAAUGAGUUGACAGGGGCUGUGUUUGAGGGGGUUGUGGAGGGGUACAUUCGGGAUGCGGCGGUUAAGGAGCUGGAUAAGAGAACCAUGGAGGUGCUGAAGGGGCCGUGGGUUGCGGGUGAGGCUGGGAGGAGGGGGUUUGUGAGGCAGAUGGUGCAGGCUAAUAGUCGGAGUACGGAGGAGGUGGAGGGAAGAUAUGCUGAGGUUGGGGAGAGAAUGCCUGUUAGGAUUAUUUGGGGGAGAGAGGAUAAGUGGAUUCCAGUGGAGACUGCGGAGAGGUUGAGGGCUAUGUUGAGGGCGAGGGAUGUUGUUGUUAUUGAGAGGGCGGGACAUUUGGUGAUGUAUGACCAAGGGGAGAGGUUAGGGCUUGAGUUGGGGUGGUGGCUGAGUUUGGUUAGUCGGUGAAUGGUGGAGUAUGGCUAUGUUCAUGGAGAAUAUUGGACGUUCCAGGCUUCUAAUUUUAGGGAAAGGAGGAAUAAUCUUUCAAGUAUGGUAAUCGAUCUAGGAGAAUUGAACUGCUGGUUUAGGGGGUGGUCAAGGUGCCAGUAGGGAAGGCCCUUGUGGUGAAGCUCGUCGUAGUGAAAGCAGAAUUGCGAAACUAGCUUAUACCACAGCCUCGUUCCCCCAGUACAAUCCAGAUGCUGGAAACUAGUAUCAGGGAAUAUACUCGUGGUGUGCUGGGGAUUUAAUUGUCUGCGGGAAACAGAUGCAGCUAUUUGGUCAUCUGCUUCUAUCUUUGGUAUAGUAUCUAGAUACAA